AGACCAUGUUUUCAGUCGGAAGAGUCAUCAGGAUCCUCCUGAUAUUCCUUGUUGUUCACAUACAACUGAUCUCGGGAAAUGAUCUAAGGAACAACAGAGUUUGCAAGACUAGCACGAACCCAUUCUCUACCUUUUUCCUCUCCUUGCAGAGUGUUUGGAGAAGGAUAUUUUCGUGCAAGUCAAAGGAAUCGGCAGGAUACCAUUAUCUGAAACACCCUAUCAAUAGCAAAAGUUUGUCCACGAGCAAAGAAGAGCGCGAUGCUCACAGGUUGAGGGGCCUGUUGCCAGCUGGUCAGAUCUCGUUGGAAGUACAGAUCGACAAUGCCAUGGAGCAACUGCGAUCGAAAUCUAACGAUCUCGAGAAAUACAUUUACCUGCAAACGAUCCAAGACGGUAGUGAGGAUCUGUACUUUGGUGUCCUGGGCAGAAACCUCAAGGAAUGUAUGCCACUCGUGUACACUCCUACCGUCGGCCAGGCUUGCAUUCAAUGGCAUCAAAUCUACCGACAUACGCCCAGAGGAAUCUAUCUCAGCAUCGAUGACAUCGGGCAUGUCGAGGAAGCUCUUUCAAAUUGGCCGCAGCAAGACGUGAAGGUGAUCGUCGUCACUGACGGCGAGCGAAUUCUUGGACUGGGUGACCUCGGAGUGAACGGAAUGGGCAUCCCCGUGGGAAAGCUGGCAUUGUAUACCGCAUGUGGAGGGAUUGAUCCCAAAGUUUGUCUCCCGGUGCACAUUGAUGUUGGAACGAACAACAUCCCCCUCCGCUCGCAUCCUGCAUACAUGGGCCUGAGAUCGGAUAGGGUUCGAGGAGAGAAAUACUAUGAUCUGCUUCAAGAGUUCAUACGAUCUGUCCAGAAGCGCUUUGGAAGGACUACUCUGAUUCAAUUUGAGGACUUUGGAAACACUAAUGCCUUUGAUAUAUUGAACCGGUUUAGGGACCAGGCGACCUGUUUUAACGACGAUAUUCAGGGCACAGCAGCUGUUGCUCUCGCCGGCUUGAUCUCUAGUGAAAAGUUGACCAACAUUCCUUUGUCUCGUCAUACGAUCCUCUUCUAUGGAGCGGGUGAAGCGGGGACUGGCAUCGCUGAUUUGAUUGCAAAAGCGAUAUCCAAGGAGCUUGGAUCUCCUGUGAGUGAAGCUCGGAAGAAGAUUUGGAUGAUGGACUCAAAAGGCCUGAUCACUUCGAAGCGGGAGAAUCUUGCCCAUCACAAGCUCGCAUACGCCCACGAGUCUGCCUCUGAGUGCACUACCCUCGAGGAUUGUGUUGAACAAAUCAAACCUUCAGUCUUGAUUGGCGUUUCAGCAGUCCCGGGAUCCUUCACCAAGAGUGUGGUCGAGAAAAUGUCAGCGAUGAAUGAGAAACCCGUCAUCUUUGCGCUCUCCAACCCGACAUCGAAAGCCGAAUGCACCUCCGAGGACGCGUACACUUGGACUUCGGGGAGAUGCAUCUUUGCAUCAGGAAGUCCGAUGCCCAGCGUGACUCUGACGUUGCCCAGCGGAGAGUCGAGAACCUUGGAACCUGGGCAGGGCAAUAACGCCUACAUCUUCCCCGGCCUCGGCCUGGGGAUCAUGGCAGCAGAGGCUACCGCGGUAGAUGACGAGGCUCUCCUCGUCGCCGCCAACGCUCUCGCACGUCAGGUCGGCGACGAGCAACUCAAGAAGGGGAACGUGUACCCAGAGCUGGACUCGUUGAAGUCGGUCUCCGCAAAGAUAGCAGAGGAGGUUGCAGAGCACUUCUUCUCCGUUGGCCUGUCAACUUCCAAGAAGCCCGGGGAUCUGACCUCCUACAUCAAAUCCCUCAUGUACGAACCCUAGAAGCUCACCUGUACAUCAACAUGUUCCCCACCACCAUUGAAGAUGUUUGUCU